UACUUGGAUUAGCUGUUCAGCUGCCCUCUUUAACCUUUGACCUGUAACCUCUUUAGUACUUUUCGCGCGACAUUUGUGCUGGAGUCACUUACUGUUUAUCUUCACUAAACUAUUCAUGUUAACCAGAGCCAGGUGCCUGAUGACCACUACAGGUAGGCUCAGUGCGGUGUUGGUGGAUUUGAGCGGGACUCUCCAUGUGGAAGACACGGUCAUACCCGGGGCUGUGGAGGCCCUCAGGAGACUCAGGCAGUGUCCUCUGAAGGUCAAGUUUGUCACCAACACAACAAAGGAGUCCAAGCAAAUGCUGGUGGACAGAUUGCAGAAGCUGGGAUUUGAUGUCCAACCAGAGGAGGUCUUCACUUCUUUAACUGCAGCAAGAAACUUAGUAGAAGAGCUGAAGGUGCGGCCCAUGUUGUUUGUACAGGAUUCAGCACUACCAGACUUUGAAGGUAUUGAUACUACCAACCCCAAUGCUGUAGUAAUUGGAUUGGCACCGGACAAGUUUAACUACAGACCUCUCAAUGAUGCUUUCAGACUCCUGCUAGAGGGAGCACCACUUAUAGCUAUCCACAAGGCCAGAUACUACAAGAAGAGUGACGGCUUGUCUUUAGGACCUGGGCCGUUUGUUACUGGGCUGGAGUACGCUACUGAUGUCACAGCGACAGUUGUGGGGAAACCAGAGACAACAUUUUUCAGAGAGGCAGUGAAAACUUUAGGUUGUGCUCCAGAGGAUGCACUGAUGAUUGGUGAUGACGUUCGAGAUGAUGUUGGUGGUGCACAGGUAGCUGGUAUGGCAGGGAUCCUCGUCAAAACUGGUAAAUACAGACCAGGAGAUGAAGAGAAGAUCAACCCCCCUCCCACCACAGUGUGUGACAGUUUCUCAGAGGCGGUAUACUACAUUUGCAACAAAAUACUAAAAACUUGAAAAUAUAAUAAAUCUGAAAACAUGUGUGUUGCAUGUCGUUUGAAAACCUUUCCAACCACACCGAGUUAAAUGUCAAAUUGCCAGAAAGCCAUAUGAAGUGAUGAUAUCUCUUUACAUAAAUAUGUGGGUGCAUGUGUUAAAGUAUUAUUUCAUAUGAUGUGAAAAGAUAUUGUAUUAGUAGUCCACUGUGUGACCUAGAGAUAUUGUAUUACUCUGCAAAAUUUUGAAUCUUAAAUGGCGGUGAUUUUAUUUUAGUGGCAACAACAAAUAUUAUAAGCAAUAGUUAUGUAAUCCCAUUGACAAUAAAAAGGGUUUCCCUUAUAUAAUGGGGCAAGUUAUCAUAUUAGUCUAGAUGAUUAAGAUUGUAAAUGACAACCUUAGCGCUUUUACCUUAUUGGUGUCAAGUUGUGUUUAGGAAAGUUGUGCCUUGAGGGCAUGUCAUUCUUUGAAGAUAUCGAUGGAAUAAAUAAUGAUAACACACACACAGAAUUAAAAUUACAGAGUCAAUGGAAAUAGAAGUUUGCAUGAGGAGAUUUGUAGAUGAAAAUAUUGUGUAUAGACGAAACAUGUCCCGUGCAUGAUUAAACUGUGUGUGGUGUCGUGCAUGGACACACGUACACACACUAAUACAGUACAUGUACACACAAGCACGAAGCCCCGUGAUUAAAGAUGUACAGUCCUGUUGUACCCUUCAUUUAGCUGACUCUUAUCCUAUGGAUAUAGAAACGCAUACAUUUUGUAAUCAUUGGAAUCUUAUUUUGUAGUCAUUAACAUCUUAUCUAAUCUGAUUCACAGUCUAGAAAAUUCGAAGUGGCAGCCAUAACAUAUCUAAUCUGGUAAGGUGGCAUCUAAUCAUUUCCAAGGGAUGUCUAGGGCCUGGAGAAAUUACAUUGCAAUAAUUAGGUGUCAGACGGAAUAUUACAGUUGUUGAAGUUAUCAGACAUGAUGUAGCGAUAUGUUAGCUUUUAAGAUAUUCCAUUAAAGAUUGGGUAUAAAUCAUUCCAGACAAUUUCUAUGGAAUUCUUCCUGCUGUUAGCCCUUGCAAAAUGCAAGAAUUGUUGUCUGGCAUAUUUACCGCGUACUGACGCAGCAUUGAUGAUAUUGUUACACUUGCUGCUGAUGAGACGAAUUCAUUUGGUGGAUAUAUUACGUUCUUAAUGCAAGUCAUGUUCGUGGCUUAUGUUCCGUUAUGACCUCAGAAUCCUCUCCCAGGUUACGGAUAGCGUCUUUAUACCUACAUUUUGUUGGUAAUUUGCACGAACGUGCUGGCAAAAUGGAAGAGCUGGAGGCGUGCAGUAGAUAGAAAUGUUAGAGACAUUGCAAUCCCUCCGAAUAUGCGACCACAAUGCUGGGUGUAUAAGAGCUACGAUAGAAUCAAAUUGAAAUAGUGAAAAAUGUUGGGGCAUUGACCGAACUUCCAUUUAUUUAAUACAUCUCUUUCCUAUCUGCCAUGAAAGAUGUAACGUAAAAUGGACAAAAUGUCCAUUAAGAUGAAAGAGCGAUCUAUUUGAAACUGCUAUGUAAAGGCUUCGAUAGAUGCCGUGCGUUAAGAAUGAUACAUGGAUAACGUUACGGCCAGUGGCCGAAUUUUCAGUUAUUUUGAACCUUUCAUGAUUCACUGUUAAUGUUACAAAAGCAAUCAUGUAAAAUAUCUAUAGAUGAUAAAACUAUUUGUUACCUUCGCAUAGAAGAAACGAUAGAGGCUAUACGUUAGGAAUAAAACAUGGAAAACUUAAGGGCAUUGAUAUUUCUUCUGAACUUUUUGUUAACAUACCAUACCAAGAAAAUAAAUGUAAAAGAAAAAUGUCCAUACGUGAUAAAAAUCCAGUCUGUUUCUAUUCUGCAGUUAGAACGUUACAAUAGCAUAGUAUGCAUUGCACAACAAAGUUGCGCAUUUUAAAAACCGCAGCAUUUAUUUACGGGUGUCUCCCUUUUCUGCUGUUUGGAGUAGUCCGUACAUGCAUGUAUGUAACAGUGUCGGCAAUACCAAGGCAAAAAGAGACCAUACAAGGCAAUAAAACAA